CACGGCUGGCGCGGGCGGGCCCGUCCCCCCUGCCCCUGGGUCGCUCUUUUUAAGCUCCCCUGAGCCGGGGCUGCGCUCCUCUAAUUGGGACUCCGAGCUCCGGCUAUUUCUGGCGCUGGCGCGGCUCCAAGAAGGCAUCCGCAUUUGCUACCAGCGGCGGCGGCGGCGGAGCCAGGCCGGUCCUCAGCGCCCAGCACCGUCGCUCCUAGCAGCCCGGAGCUCGCACCACAGGCCGGCGACCGAGCUCGCGCAUCCACCUGCUCCAUAGAGAAGGGAAGAUGAGCGAGUCGAGCUCGAAGUCCAGCCAGCCCUUGGCCUCCAAGCAGGAAAAGGACGGCACUGAGAAGCGAGGACGAGGCAGGCCUCGCAAGCAGCCUCCGGUGAGUCCUGGGACGGCGCUGGUAGGGAGUCAGAAGGAGCCCAGCGAAGUGCCAACACCUAAGAGACCUCGGGGCAGACCAAAGGGGAGCAAAAACAAGGGCGCUGCCAAGACUCGGAAAACCACCACGACUCCGGGGAGGAAACCGAGGGGCAGACCCAAAAAACUGGAGAAGGAGGAAGAGGAGGGCAUCUCCCAGGAGUCCUCAGAGGAGGAGCAGUGACUGUGCCGUGCCACCCGCUUCCUCACGGAGGAGCAGUUUCCUUCUGGGACUGGACAGCUCCACUCCCACUGCCCCCACCCUGCCUCCAGACCCCAGUCACCUCCACCCAUCUGCGCCUCCCGCACCGCCACACUACACAGCACACCAGCCGCUGCGGGGCCCCGGUGGCCCGAGUGGGGAGCCGUUUUCCUUCAGUCUCAAUUCCCAGCAACCCUUCUUUGCCCACCCACUUUCAUUCACUUGCCCUCCUGGACAAAGCUGACUUCCCACUUAGCCGCACCUAGCGCCUGUUUGGUCCCCGCUCCCUUGGUGGUGGGGGCAUUGCUGACUGGGCCCCUGGUUUGGGGGUCCCUUCCCCACUCGUACCUCUGGCUUCCCAUUAAGGGAGCCUGGGAGGGCUCCCCUGGCCUUAAAGGGGCCUGAGCCCCGUCUCACUCUGACACGCCCACUCCACUGUACUGGUGGCAGCAGCCCGUGUGGCCAUGGAUAGGGCCUUUGGGCCCCAAGAUGCCCACUCUCCUUUCUUCCUCGCCUUGCCUAGUCCCGGCACUAGGUUGGACAGGCCCCCCUGGGGCACGAGAAGGAAGGCAGGAGGGGUGUGAGCCCCCUACCCGUCUGCUUCCACUCAGCCUCUGAGUUUCCCCUCUCCUCACAUGGGGCACUAACAAGGAGCUAGCCUUGCCCACUCCCACCCCCGCUCCACCCCACCCUGUCCCCCAAGGUUCUGGUUCCAUCUUUCCUCUGUUCACAAACUACCUCUGGACAGUUGUGUUGUUUUGUGUUCAACGUUUCAUUCUUAGACAUCUGUCAUUGCUGCUGCUACCAGCGCCAAAUGUCCAUCCUCACUGCCUCCUGUUCUGCCCACACUCCCCUCCAAGAUGCUCUUGGGAAGGGGCCAGGGGCAAAGCAGGCUGGGAACCGACUACCCCAGUCCCAGGGAAGGUGGGGCUCUGCCCCUAGGAUGCUGCAGCAGAGUGAGGCCUGUGUUGAUGGCCGAGAGUGUAGGGUCACCUUCUCUCCCCUGUUCUGCUGGGGAGGAGGUGGCAUUAUUUGUCCCAGCCUGGGGCCCCCCCUCUGGUUUCCUAUUUGCAGUUACUUGAAUAAAAAAAAAAUCCUUUUCUGGA